AAUAUAUUAUUGUAUGACAUGGCAGUCAAUAGUUAUAGCUGACAAUGACACAUCAUCAAGAGUGCAAAAACUAUCGAAAAACUAUUAAAGAAUUUUUUAAGACUAUAUAUAAUUUAUUUAUGUGACGAUUAAUUGUCACACAAAAACAACUGGUGAAGGGUUAUAUUGUUAAAAAAUUGUGAGAAUUUUAAAGCCAUAUUUAUAAGUUUUUUUUUUCUAAAUGUUAUUGUGAAUUUAAAUGAAACAUGUGCGGGAAUUUCCUUUUUGUUUCCUAUCAAUGUGGAGUGAAAAUCAACAAGCAUCAAAGCUACUAACAAUUUACGGUUGCAUCAGACUGUCAGACUCUUUGAAGCUUUCAUUGAUAUAACGUCACAAAAAAAACUGGGAAUUUCUUUAAUUUAGUAAAUUAACACAAGAGAUUUAAGAAUGUGGGUGUUUGGCUAUGGAUCGUUAAUAUGGAAAGCCGAUUUUCCAUAUGAAAAAAAAAUUGUCGGAUACAUAAAAGGAUAUGUUCGAAGGUUUUAUCAAAAGAGUGUUGAUCAUAGAGGUGUACCAAAUAAGCCUGGUCGAGUGGUGACAUUAAUGGCAUCAAGAAAUCCGGAAGACGAAGUGUGGGGCGUUGCUUACAAAAUUUCAAAAGACAAUAUCGAUCAUGUUGCUAAACAUUUGAAUUCACGUGAAAGUGGAUAUGAAAGAAGAACUGUUUUAUUUAAUCCAUGUAAAACUGUGGGAACAAUCGAUGGGGAUUUAUUAAAUAGCAAUAUUACAUCAAAUAUAUUAAUCACAAAAAAUUCAUCAACUAUUACACUAUCGGAUACAGAUGAAUUGCCUUUUCAUGUAACAGUCUACAUAAGUAGAGAAGAUAGUCCCCUAUUUACGGGGACAGAAGAUUUAAAUACAAUUGCAAAUCAUAUAUUAGAAUGCUGUGGUCCAAGUGGACCAAAUAUAGAAUAUUUGUACAAAUUAGCAGCUGCGAUGCGACUUAUUGCUCCAACAAUAAAUGAUGAACAUUUAUAUUCACUCGAAGAGGCGGUGAAAAAGUUAGAAGUGGAGAAACAGUAUUAUUCUAGUUAGUAAAUUUUCUAUAUAUAUAUAAAUAUAAAUUUAAUAUAUCUAAAAAAAAUAAUAUGAAAAAUCAAUUCUAAUUAUCUCGUCUGUUUUCCAAAUAAAAAAGUUUUUUAUAUUUAAAA